CUGCGCCGCCGGUGCGUCCAAACCGCGUUCUCCAGUGCACCGCGAAGGGUAUGCCGCGCUAACCCAACAACAGUGUUUUUUUUUUGCUCGUGUCGUUUUGGUUAAUCGUGUUUUGCCUGGUGCAGUUUACACGAAUUACACAGUUAAAACACACUUGUCGCCGCCACUCACUCUUUGACGGAUUCAAAGGAUUCGGCGGCAAUUCGCAACCGCAUCGACAACGGUUUAUUUGGAAAAUGAAGGAGUGGAGGUUGGUCGUGCUCCUUUGCACGGCCUUACUUUGUGAUGCGGUCCGAUCUCAAGAAAAAUGGAGUCGACCCGAAACGGCGGAAAAACGGAUAGACGACUGGGUUCCGAUCACGGCAUCUUGUCCGUCAUGUCGAAAAAAUCUAGAGCCUAUUGCUUCCGGUGGGGUCGAUGAAAUCGGAAGUUUAUUAAAUCCACCGGCUAUUCCGGCAUCUGGCGCCAGAAGUCUUUUCAACUUUAAUACUCCUCAAAAUCAUUUUAAACGUGCGCCGGCCGGUGAACCAUACGAAGUGACUCCACCUCCUAUACCAACACAGCAACAGCAACAGCAACAGCAGCAGCAGCAGCAACAAUUUUUUAACCCACAACAGUUGCAAAAAAUACCGCAACCGGUGCACUUCCCGGUGCCAUUUUUCGGUCAACAAAACCCGUUCCAAGGUAGAUUCCAAAGUUUGCCAAAUUUUCAGCCACAAUUCACGUUCCUGCCACAGCAACAACAAGUUCAACCAAUAGCGAAGGACAACAAAAUUGCUUUCCCUGAACCGACGUUUAAUCAGCAACCCAACAAAGGAAUGGUGCAACUUGUUUACGUGCCCAUCGAAGCGUUACAAAGACAAAAACCCAGAUUUCAAUCUGAAAGACCUGCUCCACAACAAUCCUCGUUAGACGCAAAAGCACAAUCUCCAUUUGAUAGCGAUAAAUUGCGAUUCCAAAGACCACCACAACCAGCAGAACAGCCAAAACCUCGAUUCCCUCCUCAAUUUGGACAAGAGUCUGGACGUUUCCCACCUCCGCCACCAACAUUUUUACAAGAAUCUAACCGCUUCCCGCAACCUCCGCCGGCUUUCACGCAAGACACUGGACGUUUCCAAUCACAUCCAUCAUCUGCAGAACAAAAUUCAGGCCGUUUCCCAUUGUCUCUAAAUUCCGCUGAACAAAAUUCCGGGCGUUUUCCACCACCUCUUUCGUCAGUUGAACAAGACGCAAGUCGUUUUUCGCUACCCCCAUCAUCAGUAGAGCAAGAUUCUAGCCGUUUCCCAUCACCCCAAGCAUCCACUGAACAAGACUCUGGUCGCUUCUCACCUCCUCCAUCAUCAUUCGAACAGGAUGCUACUCGUUUUACACCACCGCCGUCUUCAUUUGAACAAAACGCUGGUCGUUUCCCCCCUCCAUCGCAAGUAUUUAACCAAGAAAAACCAACAUUCUCUACUCAGUCAAAGGCACCACGACCUGAUAUUGUACCUCAAAAUGAACAACCAGCGACACCUCAAUCUUAUCAAUUUGUAGAAAAUGUCAGAACCCCCCCGACAAACUUUUUCCAAUUUCACGAAAACCGUUUCCCGAAGCCAUCAUCGCAAGAAGAAAGACCAAAGGAACUGAAACCGCAGGUACAACAAAACUUUGCAUCAAACUUCGAUGAUUCUUCAAAGGAAUCUACACAACAUUUUGCACCAGCAUUUGAUGGAAACAGACCAAGACAAGAACUUCCGCCAAACUUUAUUCCUAAUUUCCUGGAUAGCAAGCCCAGGCCAGAACAACAAACACAGUUCGUUCCAAAUUUCGAACAACAAUCGUCAGAGCAGCCUCAAAAAUUGAUUCCUAACUUCCAAGAAAGACCAAGUCAAGAGACAGCGCAACAAACACUUGUACCCAGUUUCGAGACAUCAAGACCAAAACCGGAAUCUCAACAAAAUGCCAUUCCAAAUUUCCAAGAAACAAUACCCAAUCAACAGGUUUCCCAGCAAACUUUCUCGCCUAGUUUUGAAGACAUUAGGCCAAGACCGAGACCAAAAGUGCAAAAACCACAAUUUCCAUUACCACCAACUCAACAAGUCUUUAGCUCGCCAAAUUCUAUAGAGCAAAUAACACCGACAACUCCGUAUCCUCCAGCGCAUCAACCUCCUCUUUCUGUUUACAUGGAAAAACGUCUAGAUAAUAGAGUAAACGAAGUGUUAUCUAUUUUAAAAGACGCUAAAACCAUUCCAGUAUUAGAUACAAUUGGUGACCGUUCGCCGAAAGUAUUUGUGGGCCCGUCUGAUUUAGAUGCACCCAGAGGAUAUGCGAAAUUUGAACUGCCUUAUUUAUCAUCGCUAGACAUUACUAAAAUUGAAUCUAUGGCCGAUCGUUUACCAUUCUUCGUGGCGCCACUUAACUUUAAACCGCCAAUUGGUUAUGCUAAAAUUCCAUUCCCGCCGCCUCAUAUAGGAUCAGUUGUCGUGUCUUCUAAAUCUCCAGCUAUAGCUUCUUCUACAGAAUUUGUACCUUUUGCACUCACAUCUCAGUUGCCGACGGAAGUGAACUCUUUAAAACCAUCGUCUGUUUCUAGUAGUACACAGCGUGGAUUUGCUUCUACAGAAAAAAGUCAAUACAGUUCAAGCCCUUCAUCAACUACUCCAAAACGUAACCGGCAAAGAAAGCCAUUGCACAGAGGCUCAUUGACCAGUUUUAGUACAACCACUCCUUUAAAUGAUGUUACAGAACGACAAAGAGAUCAGUUCACAACGCCUGCGGGAUUCCAACGUUUGCCAGAAGUUAGCUCUUCAACUGAGCCGCAGAAGUUUAUUGAAAGUACUCCAUCGCCUAUUCAAGAGCAAUUCUCCCAGCAAUUUUCAAAGCAGCCGAUUGAACAGCAACAACCUGUAUUUGAAUCUACUCAGUCUCCCAUCCAACAACAGUCACAACAGCAGUUCGACACUAACCAGCCACAACAGCAGUUCGACACUAACCAGCCACAACAGCAAUUCGAUACUAACCAGCCACAACAGCAAUUCGAUACUAACCAGCCACAGCUCUUUGCAGAUCAACAGAUUCCUCAACAGUUCCAACAACAAUUCCUAGACUCUUUUUCACAGUUGACUCAACAACAAUUGUUCGACAGUCAGCAACAACAGUCAGCUCAAUCACAACCAAACCAACAGGCGGCUUUUGAUAAUAAUAAUCAGCAACCACCUCAACAACAACUUGUCGAUAAUCCCUCACAGUUUGUUACAGAGCAAACCUUAAACUCUCAAUCCCCGGUCGAUAUUAACACUCAAGAAGCAAUUCAACAACAGUAUUUCCCGAGCACAACCGAAAAACAGUUCCAUCAAAACUUCCAGCACGUGCAACCGCUUUCGCAGUAUAACUCAGGUAAAAAUAACGUAGGUCAACAGCAACCUUCGGCUGAAAAAGUGCAAACUGAAUCUGCUGUACCUCAGUUCGCAUCGGAUGAGCCACAGUCCGUAGUGCCAACGGAAUUGCCAAAAUUCAGACAGCGUUUGUCCUACUACGACAAAGUAUUGUUGUCGUCGACAGAAACCCCUGUGGAAAGCACAAGUAUUCAAAAUGUUAUUGAAACCAGUGAAAAACCCAGGGAACGUCCAAAGUUGCGGUCUAGACAAAGGUUGACCACGACAAGACGACCAACGACCGAAUCGAAAUCAUCGGAUGAAAUUUCUGAACACGCCACUGAAACGUCUACGCAAAGGUACAAUCCUCUGAAGAGACGUCGUCCGGUUUCCACUACCACUACGGAAACAUCUGAGCCAACGACUAGACAUCCUUUGAGGUCUAGGACCACUCAAGCGGGACGAUCAGAAUUUGUGCGAUCCAGGACGAGACGGCCGCUGACUACGACCACCACCACGACCACUACGGAGCUACCUCGCACAGAGCAGAUAGAUAACUUCAACGAUGUUCAGAUUGCUGGUCAGGACGAGCAAAAGAAAAUCGAGGAAGCCGCUUCGUUCUGGAACGAACCGGUGACCGUCCAACAGAGCCAAGGAUACGAGCUGAGUUCGCACAACCCGGAGGGCACCAGAUACAGCAGCGGUGAACCGCCAGUCGACGAAUCAUCGGUGUCCAAAGAAAAAUACGGCAACGAUAAGAAAGCCCACGACCCGAACAGCGAGAAGAAAGCGCCGGGCAGACGAGGUCACUGGGUCAGAGUCAGAGUUAAGAAGCCACAAGACGGUCUGGACACGGCCGAAUCGCAGAACUCACUUGGCCCCCUGUCGGCGAACGCAAUUCGUGAACUAGCCACCAAACCCACGACGCCCACUGAGUACAGCUCCCCGUCGUCGUCAUCUUCUACAACCGAAACGACGGCUGCGACCACCGACAUCCCUUCUCCUGUCAUUUCUUCGUCUUCCACCACCACCACCACCACCACCACCACCACGGUCAGCCCGCCCGUGACCACGACCACGGUAGCCGAUGAGUUCACCGCAGACGGCGUCACCGAAGAAGAAGAGCGUCCGGCCGAAACCACGCUGACCGUCGUCACCACCACCACGUCGACCACAGGCGCCGCUUCGGUUAACGACGAACAGGACGAGGCGUUCCAACGCAAUCUGGCCGACAUGUUAGCCAAGUUUAUCGGAGGCCCGCAAGAACAAGCAGCAGCACAGGAGACGACUGUGGCGCCGGCGCCUGUGGAAGACGCCACCAACUCGGAAAUGAUGUUGGACGCGGUCGAAAUGGACACGACCGUGCCGCCUACCGUGGUGACGGAAACGCCGAGCAGCGCACCGGUCACUUCCACCACAACCAAAGUAUCCAUGGAGACUGAGAUAUGUUAUAAGGGCAGGUGCGUGAAGAGCAAAAAAAACAAACCGAUCACCGACCUGUUGCCCGAGCCAUGAUAACGAUAGUAUAAAGUAUUUUAUAAUAUAUUGUAAUAGUAAGAAUAAUAAUAAUAAUAUAAUUAUAAUAAUGCGACAAUGUUGUACACACGUGAUGAUGUCAUGUCAAUGCGUGGUAAGCCGUAUACAAGGUACGUUCAAGGUUACAUGUUAAGCUUUAUAUUGUAUAAAUUACACCCGCGUUUUCAAGUAUAUAAUAAUUUCUGAAUUUAUAAACACGACAAACCAAAGAUCAAAUAUAUACAUAUGAUUGGGAAUCUGUGCCAACAUCUUGGACAACAUUUUUUUUUUUUAAAUUAUAAUUUGUUAGUUUUUUGUAAAUACUAUAAAUCUAUAUAUUAUUAUUAUUAUUAUAUUAUAUAUUAGUCAAAUUCAAAUAAUUUAUUAGAUACGUGUAUACGCAUGUUUUAUUUAUAUAUCAUUAUUUUUAUAAUACGCUGUAUACCUUUAAAAAAAAUCUAUCGUUCUAUGUUUUUAUCCUGUGAACUCGUUUUUUUAUGUUUUUGACAAAUCACUUAUUAAGUAUAU